AUGGACGAGUUCUAUCCAGAAAACAGCGUGGAUGUCGACAGUUUGGUGUCUACCGACGCCGAAUCCGCGGAACACAACAUCAUCGCCAUCAUUGGGCUCAUUUCGCAUGCUCAAAGGUACUACAAGUUUGCCCUGAGCCUGACGGACGACAAGCCAGGGUUGCAAGAGGACUUCGAAGAACAUCUGGAUCUGCUGAAUACGCGGCUGCGACAGCAUGAGGAGCAGCUCAAGCAGUUUGAAACGACACGAACGCGCUCGUUGGAGUGGCUGCUGACAGGGAUUCUGCUGGCGACGGUUGUGCAUUGGCUCAUCAGUGGCAUUUACAUAAUGGUGCUGGUUUCGCUGGGAUUGGGAUUGGGAUUUUGGAUGUGGAAGAGCCGAUAG